ACAGUCCCUUGCUACUUCCUACCGCCCCCAUAAACUCUAUUUUUCUUUUUCAGAUUUCUCUUUCUUUGUCGAUUUAUCUCACCGAUAUAAAUCAGUAAAAUUGGGAAUAUAUAUAUGUAUAUUUUUUAUGAUAAUAAAACCGAAAUAUAAAACAAACAAAGUGCAUAUAACUGAUCUCCGCAAUCAUUCACCUUCUCUUUCGAUUCUUCCUUGAUUCUCUCUCCACAAAAUCACCCUCUUCUUGGAUCGGAGAGCCCAGGCGCACACCGAUAUUAUCAUCAUCAUCAUCAUCAACAAGGAGAAAAGAGAAGAAGAAGAAGAAGAGCAAAAGCAACAGCGAUAAACAUGGUGGAGACAAGAAGGAGUUCGUCUUCAUCUAAGCGGUCUCUCUGUUCUCCUACCGCCGGGUCGCCACCUCACUCCAAUAAACGGCCCAAGGCGGCCGAGGUGGCGGCGUCGUCAACGGGAGAUAUACCGAUCGGAACCCUAGGUCAGGCGAAGGAUGUCGGUUCUGAGGGUCGAGAGUCGGACCUCCGAUCACCUAAUCUUGAAGCCGCCUGUGCUGCCAAGACCACUGCCGUUGACGCUUCCGCCCCUGAGAAAAUCCCCGAUGUCGAAGGUGACGACUUGGUGUCCACGUGCGCUGAAGGCCAAGCUGACGGGGAUGUGGAGAAAUCAAAGGCGGUAGCUGUGGUGUUCGACGGUCGGGUGAAGAAGAAGCCCAGGAGACCCUCAAAAUUGAGUUCGAAGGUUGCAUGGGGAAAGCUGCUUUCUCAGUGCUCCCAGAAUCCUCACCUUGAUAUGUGUGGUGCUUUUUUCACUGUUGGCCAAAGCCGUCAAUGCAACCUGUGUCUUAAAGAUUCAGCUAUUAGUAAGACCUUGUGUAAACUGAGGCACAUUGAGCGGGAAGGUUCAUCUGUGGCAUUACUGGAAAUUACAGGGGGCAAAGGUGUCGUCCAAGUAAAUGGCAAGAUUUACCAAAAAAGUUCUAGUGUAAUGUUAAAUGGAGGUGAUGAGGUGGUUUUCAGCUCCACUGGAAAACAUGCUUACGUAUCCUUUCCCAUCUACUCUUCAUUUUUACAUAAAUUCCAGGGCUCAACUGCCAGGGAAUCAGAUCUCCCUAAAGAAAGCUUGAAACCUGAAAGAACUUCUUUCUACACUAAACGUGCUGCACAAACUACUGUGAUACAACAUAAGAAACCCACUUCCAGUGUUGAGGCUGAUAUAACUGGUGGUUCAACUCUAAGCUCGCAGGCAAUGCCAAAGCAAGAAGUAUCUACUGCAUCGUCCAAAAAUUAUACCUUCAAAAAAGGUGAUAGAGUGAAGUUUAUUGGGGCCUCACCUAAUGCACUUUCUUCACUGCAGCCUACACUACGGGGACCAAUGGUUGGUUUUCGAGGUCAAGUGCUCCUUGCUUUUGAAGAAAAUGGUUCCUCAAAAGUCGGGGUCAGGUUUGAUAAGUGUAUUCCAGAAGGCACCGAUCUUGGUGGCCUUUGUGAAGAGGAUCAUGGUUUCUUUUGUACUGCUAGUUCUCUUCGCUUGGACAGUUCUGCAGGAGACGAUAUAGAGAAGCUUGCAGUUAAUGAACUUUAUGAGGUUGCUGUAAACGAGUGCAAAAGCACUGCCAUGAUAUUGUUUGUGAAAGACAUAGAGAAAUCUAUGGUUGGGAACAAUGAGGCAUGUGCAGUUAUAAGGGCUAAGAUCGAAAUACCAGCUAAUGUUGUUGUUAUUGGCUCCCACACCCAGAUGGAUAAUCGGAAGGAGAAAUCCCAUCCUGGUGGGCUUUUAUUCACAAAGUUUGGAGGCAACCAGACGGCACUGCUUGACCUUGCUUUUCCGGACAAUUUUGGUAGAAUGCAUGAUAGGAGCAAAGAAAUGCCCAAAACAAUGAAACAUGUAACUCGGCUCUUUCCAAACAAAGUUACUAUCCAGUUACCUCAGGAUGAAGCAUUGCUUUUAGACUGGAAGCAGCAGUUGGAACGUGAUACAGAAACUUUGAAAGCACAAUCAAAUAUUGUUAACAUUCGCUCAGUGAGUGGUUCUUGCGUUGAUAGCAUGCUGGGAAGAAGGGAAAAUCCGGGAGAACAUGAAGCUAUGCGGAAAAUGAAGAAUGAAUUUAUGGUAAACUGGGAUGGUUUGCGGACGAAGGAUAAAGAACGUGUCCUGGUUCUUGCUGCUACAAAUAGGCCCUUUGACCUUGAUGAGGCAGUUAUUAGAAGGCUUCCUCGGAGAUUGAUGGUUAACUUGCCAGAUGCCCAAAACAGAGAAAAAAUUCUUAGAGUUAUUUUAGCUAAGGAAGAUUUAGCACCUAAUGUUGACUUAGAAGCAAUUGCAAAUAUGACAGAUGGUUACUCUGGAAGCGACCUUAAGAACCUCUGCGUGACUGCUGCACACUGUCCCAUUCGAGAAAUAUUAGAGAAGGAAAAACAGGAGAGAGCUUUAGCUUUGUCUGAAAACAGACCCUCACCUGCAUUGUACAGCAGUUGUGAUAUCCGGCCUUUGAAGAUUGACGAUUUUAAAUAUGCGCACGAGCAGGUGUGUGCGAGUGUGUCAUCAGAGUCUACAAAUAUGAAUGAGCUUCUCCAGUGGAACGAUCUGUACGGAGAGGGUGGAUCGAGGAAGAAGAGAUCCUUGAGCUACUUUAUGUAGAGACACCAUUGUGUAUAAACCCAUUCCUUGUUUAGUUGAUUUUUCUAUGCCAUCUUUAAGAAAAGAUGGCCAAGAUGAGAGGGGGAACCGGCAGCUAUGGAAUUCCUAAUGCAGGUUCCGUCUCCGAUGUAUAAUAUAUAGGUUUUUGCUUGAGGCAUUUCUUUUAGGAAGUUUACAAUAUUUAUCGAGCUAAUAACUUUUUUAGAAGAAGAAUAUCAAGCUAAUGACUUGAUGAAAUUUCUCUUUUAGGAAUUAUAAAUUGCCUUUUCCGACUCAUGCA